AUGGUGCUCCCUAGCAGCGAAUUUCUGGUGGCGAAUCUUAGACAAUUCCCGCAUCUGUUUUGUUUCGAAAGGCUGGAUGCUCUUGGCCAACAGCGAAAUUCUACACAAUACACAGGCAUGGAUGAAGAGCGAUCACGGAAUGGAAGUGUUACGACCGGCGCCUGCCAGAUUGGCUUAUUGGCAGACCAGCCCUGGUGGGAGGUCAUCAAAGGCAACCCGCUUAAGAAUGUGCUGGAUCCCUUCCGCGCCUCAUUCAACACGAUCUACGGAGGCAGGAGCACAAGCGGUGCUCCAGAUGCACUUGAUCAGUUUGGCAGCCAAGGGACAGGUCCUGGCAAACUUCGCAGCUAUCUCCUAAAACUCAAUUCUGCUGUCAGUUGUGAUGACUUUGACUUCGACUGCAUUAAGCCGCUCUUGAACGCGGCUCUCGCCGAUCCCCCCAACGAUGCGCUUAUCUGGGAUCAAGUAUGUAGCGUCGAUGGCCCCGUUCAACAAACGGUAGUACCUUCCCUGCCACAAGCUACAUGGCUUCGCAACCCCAACAGUUUUGCGACUUCGUCCGAGUAUCAAAAGUAUAUCGACGUCGUGCUCAAGGAGGACCUUCGCUUGACGAAUGUUGCACUUCCCGAUUUCUACGAGUGUUUCUUUGGGGAUGUAGCAGAUCUAGAGUUGGUGUCUCAGGCAGUCUUUGAGAAGUGCAUGGAAGGCCGCAACCCACUCUACUCUGAAGGAUGGAGAGGAUGGGCGGCGAAUGCCAACCAAGAAGAUGUCCUGACCUGGUUCGCGGAAUUGAGCGAAAACCUAGCUGCGUUCGCAGAAGAAUACAAACCGAACUCGACGCAGCGUCGGAGGCCAGUAGCACGGCCCCAAAAGCCAGUUAAUGGCCUUACGGCGGGGCGUGCUAUGGAUGUUGCCUUCGUGAGCGAUCCGGAAGCGGGAAAAGAUGCUAGGUGCCCAUUACAGCAGGUCCUCGUACCUGGAGAGCUGGAAAGCAACUCAGCUACGGCCAUGCUAUCGAAUAGUUGGCUUGACCUUGGGAGGUAUGCCAGAGAAGUACUUGCUGCCCAAGAUACACGUCGCUUCGUUUUAGGCUUCACUAUCUGCGGACCCCUCAUGAGCAUAUGGGAAUUUGAUCGACUGGGGGCUGUGGCAUCCGAACAGUUCAACAUUAACAAAGAUGGGUUGCGAUUUCUGUGUACAAUCCUCGGGUUUCUUCGAAUGAGUGAGGAGAAGCUUGGGUUUGACCCUACAAUUGGCAGAGCAGGAAGCCAGCGAUUUAUCGAGAUCGAACGGAAUGCUGGCCGCGCAACAACGUGUUGGAAAGCUCAUCGCAAGGAAGACUCGCGGAAGACUCCACUCGUUAUUAAGGACUCUUGGCAGCUCAUAGGGCGUGAGGAAGAAGGAAAGCUGCUCCGUGAGGUUACUGACAGAGGUGUGACUAACGUUGCCCGGUAUUACUACCAUGACACCGUUCGGGUAGGCGGGAGAACCGACGAUAUUUGGUAUAAUAUUCGAGCGGGACUAGAUGCUGCGGCGACCACAAACUACCGAUUGGAACCGCCGAGUACCAGCAAGCCAGGAAACCUACGGAACAGCUACGGUAGUCAGACUGACACCCCUCUGCCGCUCAGCACGCGGAGCUGCUCUGUAUAUCCGCACCAGUCAAGCAGCAACGCCUUACCUAAUCGGGUACAUCGUCGUGUUAUUCUUCGUGAUUAUGGGAAGCCGAUCUACGAAGCAAGCUCACGAGCCGCUCUGCUCGCGGCAUUAGAGGGCUGCAUCGUGGGGCACGAGUCCUUGCGGAAGGCAGGUUUCCUUCAUGGAGACAUAUCAAUAUAUAAUCUGAUGGUAAAUGAGGACAAGGAGAACCCCUCUUGGCCCUCGUUUUUGAUUGACACUGACCUUGCGACCAAAGAAUCGCGGGGAGAGGCGUCACCUACCGGAAGCAAGGCGAUGAAGGCUUUCAGGGCAAUCGGGAUCCUGCUUGGAGAGCCUCGUUGUUUUAUGCAUGACCUCGAGUCAUUCUUCUGGGUACUUUUCUGGAUAUGCAUCCACUACGACGCGCCCGGCCAAUACACAGGGCCGACUGUGUUUGACAGUUGGAAUUUUGAGGAUGAUAGCAGCGUAAGAAUACUCCGCGAAGCGAGAAAGGACAAUGUGGUGUUGGCGGGCGUAUAG